AGCCGACUCCCCUCAGUGGCCAGGCGGGGCGGCGGAGCCAGGACAGCGACUCAGCGAACCACGGCCGCCAGCAGGCCGGCGGGCGAGGCGGUCGUGGGGGGCGGGCUCCCGGCACCGCCAAGCAGCGCUCCUCCUUCCCCUUCCUCCCUCCCUUCCCCGGGAGCCCCCGGCGGGGUGACAGCCCUGCCGAGCCGUGCCUAGCCCAGCAGAGUCGCCCCGGUCGGGGCUGCGGAGGCAGCGCACACUCGCGCCUCGGCCCUUUCUCUGCCGGGACGAAGAGAGGCAGGAGCCGCCUCCCCCGCGCCCGCCAUGUGGAAGCUCAACAAGAGCAGCAAAGUUCUGCUGGACGACUCGCCCGAGGAGGAGGAGACGCGGCCCCGCGGCCCGCCGCCGGCUGCCGCCUGUGCUGCCGCCGCCUUCGUGGCCCCCCAGGUUCAAGGUGCAAGUUUCCGGGGUUGGAAGGAAGUGACGUCCAUGUUCAACAAAGAUGAUGAACAGCAACUGCUAGCAGGAUGCAAGUCUCCAAAAUCCAAAGGACCAAACCUGAAGUUAAAGGAAGAGAUGAAGUCGGAAAAGAAGCCAGGUUUUUGGGACAGUUUGGUGAUAAAGCAGAAUGUCCCAUCUAGGAAACCAGAUGAGAUUGAGGGCUGGGAACCACCGCAGAUGACCACUGCUGACUCUGCCAGUGAUGCAGCAAGUACGUUAAGUGACUAUACAGCCUGGUCAGGCUGGGAAGAUGAAACCAAAGGCUCCACAAAAUACACAAACCUGGCCAGCUCAGGAAACAGUUCCAGGUGGAGUAUCAAAUCAGCUGGAAAGCUGGUUAGUAUCAGACGUCAAAGCAAAGGUAACCUUACUGACAACUGGGAAGAACUAGAAUAAUGUGAAAUACUUUAUGGGUAAGAAGAGAAAGGUUCCAUGAUUUACUUGUAUGUUAAAACCAAAAUCAAAUCUGCUCAAUAUUGCACCUUUAUACAGUACUUUGUUUUAUUCAGAUUGUUACAAAUUUUUGCUCACAUGAUAGUAGAUUUUCUUACAACAUUGUUAAAUAGCUAUGUUUUCCACACUGACAAAAACAAAAGAAGGUAGAGAAUCUAUUUUGUGCCUAUAUUUCACAUUCAGACUCUGCAGUAUGUUGGAUUGUUGGUUUUACCAAAAAAAAAAA